AAAUUCUCCACGUAAAGAAGAAAAAAUAGAUCAGUAACGUAAAGAAUAAAGUUUCACAGCUCACAAUACUUUAUAAAUAACAAGCACAGAAGUGGAAGAAAAUCAAUUGAAGAUUGUGCACGCAGUACUUUAUAUUGAAGUGGGUGAUCAAGAAGGUCUUUAAUCUCUGCUCAGAGAAGAAAAAGCAGCAACAAGAUCUAUAAAAACACGGUCACAUGAAAGGCCACGAGGAGAUUCUGCUUACAAUUCCCGGUGCAGUGGUGAACUUGGUAGACCAAGAUAAAAGCCAGGAAUUGGCAAAAGGCCAAUUUUCAGUAGUUAAGCUUUUCCAAGGAGAUAAAGCAAUUGCAAUCUAUGCCAAAGUUGGAGGUGAUCUAUGUUGGCCUGUGACAAAAGAUGCACCCACUCUAAAGUUAGAUUCACGCCACUAUCUUUUCUCUGUUCACACUCCACCAGCUGCUGAAGAGGCUGGAGAUCACUCUGCCAAAUCUGGCAGAUCUGAGGUGCUAAAUUUUGGAGUCACUUUUGGAGAGGAAGAAAGUGUGGGUAUUUUAGACCAGUGUCUUAAAAAACAUGCAUGCUUGUCUUUGCCAUCUGGGUCUUGCUCGUCAUGGUGCUCUUGCCUGCCAAAUUGGUCGGCGGCGCCGCCAAAUUCAGUGAAGGAGAGUGGAGAUUCGGAGGCUUAUUGGACUUCUUUGGCACCUAAUGUGGAGGAAUAUAAUACUGUUUUGGCUAAGGCUAUAGCUGGUGGAUCAGGGCAAAUUAUCAAGGGGAUAUUUGUGAUUAGUGAUGGGUAUUCUUCUCAGGUGAGAAGAGGAGGAGAAUUGCUCAGAAGCAGAUCGAAAGCUGGUGAGAAGCCUUCAGCACAGAAAAAGAAGAGUUCAGAGAUCAGUCCUCGUGUCAAGAAAAAUAUUCGAAGGGUCAGAAAACUGUCAAAGAUGACAGAAAACUUGAGCAGCAUUGUUGUGGAUGGGGUGUCAGUUACACCAUUAGAUGCGAUGGAUAGCCACACAAAGUCUAGUCGUAAUUGCUUCAAAGUGCUACCAGCUGGGGACGUUGUCCUUGCUUCCUUGGAUUCCUACAACAAAGUUUUGGAAGCUACACAUGUAGCUGGGAAGGAUGCAGCAAAAACUACCUCUGAAGUGACCACAGGAGUUAUUGCUGAAAGGUAUGGGGAGGAUGCAGGAGAGGUUGCUGAGGAUACUCUUGCAAUUACAGGGCAUGCCAUUGGAACUGCAGUAAAUGUAGCAAAGGUUACAAAUCCUGGAUUGAUGUUAUCUUAAGCUUUAAUAACAGUUGGUGAUGGGUAAAGUAAGUAUAUCUAUGGUUGUGAUGAUUAGGAAGAGUGAUGAACUGGAUCUCCCCCAGUUGAUAAUGAUGUGGAUCAAAACUGAUGGGCAGUACUUUAAGAAGUGAUUUGUAUUUUAUUCUCAAAGGUUAGGAGUGAUCUGUAUUGUAUCAUAUUUUUUAUUAAAAAAAUUAUUGGACCAUUGGGCUUUUAAGUUAUUUCAAUAAAAGGAAAGGAAUCUCAAUUAGCAA